AACUGCAACAUGUCAAAUAUUGGACAUAGCUGACAGGGCUACAACAUCAGAGUAGCUGUACUCCAUGACACAUCUGGCAACACAAGAGACACAGUUUAAGCUUCACCUUUUGUGUGACCUUAAACGGGUGAUUAAAUAAACCAUGAUGAAGAAGUUUAGGGCAGCUUGAGUAAGUCAUGGAAGAGUUGAGACACAGGGCCGUGCUGUGGUAUCUUUAAUUAUAAAUCUGUCCAGGACAAGGGAGGUGACCAUGGAAACGGAAAUAGGAACUAAGGAACUCUAAGAAACCCGAGAGUGCAGGUGUGUGGCCUCCCGUUAAGAAUAGACAAGCAGUGCACAGGUGAUUCCUCACUCUGAGAGUCGACUGCUCUCCCCAUUGUCUCACCAUGGACCUGUCAUCUUUAGUGCUUUGUAUCCUGUUUGAAGUCCUGGCUGUAAACUGUCAAGAGGUGGGACGGGGACGAAUAGUGGGAGGAUAUGCACCAGUUCCACAUUCAAUCAAGUACAUUGUGUCGAUACAGUCAACACAACGUCAGCACUUAUGUGGGGGCUCCUUGAUAAAUAAGUUCUGGGUAAUCACAGCAGCACACUGUAACAUUGGAGUAAACAAAAUGAUGAUAGUAGCAGGAGACUACUCUCUAACCAUCUACGAGGGCACGGAGCAAGAAAUGCUUCCUCAACUUUUGUUUCCCCACCCUGAGUACAACACCACCACCACCAACAAUGACAUCAUGCUUAUAAAGCUGAGGGCCCCGGCCUAUCUGAACAGCUACGUCUCCAUCGCUCUGCUGCCCCGGCAGGGUGCCUCCAUAGCAGUGGGCAGAGUGUGUCGAGUGUCAGGGUGGGGAUACACCAGCGCCAGUGGAGGUCAGAUCCCCUCCACCCUCCGCACUGUCAUGCUGCCCAUCGUCUCCACAGAACAGUGCAACAGCAGUGAGUCUUUUGGCGGCAGCAUCACAGAAAACAUGCUGUGUGCUGGUUUCAGUACUGGUGGAAAGGAUGCCUGUCAGGGGGAUUCUGGGGGUCCACUUGUAUGUGAGGGCCGGGUCUAUGGCUUGGUGUCCUGGGGGAAAGGAUGUGCUGAGGCCCAGUUUCCUGGAGUCUACACUGCUGUGUCCAAGUUCCGCAGGUGGAUAGACACCACCAUAUUUAGCUACUACAGCAGGUGCAACAAGGAUUAAAACCUAAUGGUACUGAGAAAAAGACUUAAAGUUCCUCAUUUCAAAUGUAGUUUUUUUUAUUUAAAAUGUUGUGCUUUUAGCAUUUGUCCACAUUUUGGAAAAUACACUUUUUUGCUUUCUUGCCUGAACAGAAGAUUGAUCCCAGUUUAAUAUUUUAAAACUAAAUAUGAAAAGCUAGCCGCUGAUUAGCUUAGCUUACCAUAAAGACUAAAAGGAAAAUAGGAGAAUAACUGUCCAAAGGUAAACAUGUGAAUACUGGCACCUCUUGUUUAUUUAAUCUGAAGAAAAAACAAAGUGUAAACAAUGACAAGUUGUGGUUUUAUGGAGGUUAGUUAUAUGCCAGUUAUUUGUUGGUGCUAAAUUAAGCUAACUACACUCCAGCUUCAUAUUGAUCAAAUAAGAAGUAUCGAUCUAACUCGCUGCAAGAAAGCAAGAGAAGUGCAUUUUGCAAAAUAUAAAACUAUUCCCUUUGGUUCAAGUUGAAUUUGCAUAAUGUCUGCUGUUGAUCUGUUUAAAGCAUUUACAAAAUAAAUAAAAGUGAUGUACAAUACACAAUAACCCCUCUAGUAAAAAAGAAAAAGACAUUGACUAAGGUGCUAAUAUCAGUGCUUAAAUUGUUUAAAAUCAGUGCUCAUGGAG